ACACGUGAGUCGGUGUGCCGGUGUGCGACCUUUCCGACCAAUAGAUUGGUUUCGAAAGGAGGUGUGACCAAUAGCCUGCAAGUUGGCGACACGUGAUCAGAUAUAUCGUGCUGAGCCGAGAGGAGGCAAACAAAACUGCCGAUUGGAAGUUUACGAAUCCCACUCCUCUGUCCAGAAACUAGCUUGGCUGCUUUGGCGAAAAAACAAGGUCAGAAAAUGCAGUCCAAAAUUCUCACUGGCAACUUGACCUUCAAGUCUUUAAGGCCACCAGACCUGUCCAAUUGUAGUAAAGGGGAGCUGUGUGAAUAUUUUGAGAACAGCUAUGACCUGAACGAGAGCUUGUUCACUUCACUUAAUGACGAUUCUGUUUUUUACAAGUGCCCAGACCGAUUACGACUGCCACUGAUUUUUUACUUUUGCCAUACGGCAGUGGUGUAUGUCAACAAACUAAUGUUGGCCGGCCUUAUUAAGGAACGAGUCAACUUGGAAUUUGAGACCAUGUUUGAAACAGGUGUUGAUGAAAUGUCCUGGGAUGAUACGGAGAACUACCGAAUGGGUGGCAGUUACAAGUGGCCCUCACUGAGUUCCGUUGUUGAGUACAGGAGAAAUGUGCGUAACCUGGUCUUGAAGGUUAUUCAUGACACACCACUGGAUCUCCCCGUUACAAUGGAAUCUCCAUGGUGGGCCAUUUUGAUGGGCAUUGAGCAUGAAAGAAUUCAUCUGGAGACCUCCUCUGUGUUGAUCCGUCAGCUGCCUGUUGAAAUGGUCACCAAGCCAAAGGGAUGGGUGUACGCUCCAUUCAAAUGUGGUGGUAGAGUGGAGGAGAAUCCUUUGAUAUCUGUGGAGACACAAGAUGUCACCUUUGGGAAACCGAAAGACUUUCCAUCGUACGGAUGGGACAAUGAAUAUGGAGAGUUCUCCACCAGAGUCCCUGCAUUUGAAGCAUCCAAAUUUAUGAUCACUAAUGGGGAGUAUCUGGAGUUUGUGGAGAGCGGUGGAUAUGAGGAUGAGAAGUUCUGGACGGAGGAGGGCUGGAAGUGGAAGGUGUACCGACAGUCCAAACACCCCGUCUUCUGGGUCUGCAACCAUGGUUGUAAGGGAGGCUGUGGUGCUGAUUUGUCCAAGUACUCACCCUGCCAUUUUCCUAACAAUCGGACCAAUGGGGUCAUAAACGGAUCCCUGACCAAUGGUCACUCCAGAGAGGUCAUCAAUGGCGGGGAAAAGAGGACUUAUAUGUACAGAGCCAUGUUUGAUGUGCUCCCCCUGCCUGUUGAUUGGCCGGCUGAGGUGAACUAUCAUCAAGCGCGCGCUUUCUGUGCGUGGAAAGGAUUUGGUUUCAGACUUCUGACUGAAGCUGAGAGAAAUGUGAUUAAAGGAAAGAAGUUGGAAACUACACAUGGCAUAGAUGGAGACAUUAUCUACCAGAAGAAGCCAAAAGCCAAUAUUAACCUGCACUAUGGUUCAUCUACACCAGUCAACAUGUACCCUGCCAACGAGCUUGGAUACCAUGACGUGUUUGGAAAUGCUUGGGAGUGGGCCGAGGACCACUUCAAUGGACUGAACGGUUACAGCAGCCACUGGUAUUAUGACGACUUCUCCUCCCCCUGCUUUGAUGGUAGACAUAACCUUAUUCUGGGUGGUUCUUGGGUCUCUACUGGGGAUGAAGCAUCCAAGUUUGCACGAUUUGCCUUCAGAAGACAUUUCAUUCAGCAUGCUGGAUUCCGCAUCGCUCGAUCUCUACAACUAGUCGACAAAAUUAAUGUCCCGGCCAGACUGGUCAAGGAUGAGGUUUUUGUUCUCGGAAUUGGUGUAGAGGAGAAAGAAAUUCCAGAUGCUGAUGAGGUGGAGUAUAAAUGGGUUCCCACCACCAACUAUCACUACAGCUACGAUACGGAGGACUCCUUAUAUGGAAUCAUUGAGCUGGAGUUUGGGUUCCGUGACACGUUUCCACAUAAUGUGGCACAACAUUGCCUCUCCCUGCAGAAGAAGUACCAGUGUGGUUCCAAGUCUGCUCUGUGGCUUGGAAGUGGUGCUGGCAGGGGGCCACUCGAGCUCACCAAUGUCUUUCAGAAUGUGUUGGGCGUAGAUUAUGCAGCCAGAUUUAUUGAUGCAGCUCAAAAACUUAAGAAUGGCAAAGCUCUCUCUUACAAAGCUGGCAAUGGAGAGCAGAAGACAGCAGUCAUGUCUGGGGACUAUCAGCCUGAUAGGGCAAUAUUCAAACAGUUGACAUGGAUACCCAAUGAAAUCUGUGAUCACGAUAUGACCGUUGUGACCUUUAUGGACAGGACAAUGAAUGCCAAAGCAUGGCUUGCUCGACUAUGGGAAGUGACUGUAAAAUCAGGACUGGUUGUGAUAGUGUCCAGGACAAAGGAGUGGAAUAAAGACAAUCUAGCUCAGUACUUUGGAAACAACCUUCUGUUUAAAGAAGCACAGGAUCUGAAGUACACUUCAAAGAAAGGGGAGGAAACUCUCCAGAUCACUGCCUGGGCUCGCAAAUAAAACAUCAAUCCCUGAUGUUUGAACUUUUUGUAUGAAACGUAAUUGUUGUUUACAUUAUUUGUUUUUCUGUUUAUCCCAAGUUUCAGAGACUUUUCUUGUUGAUGUUUUGAGACAGACUUUACCAUUGAUUAUUUUUUAAGUGUUUUUGAAGAAUAUUUUAUGCUCAUGUAUAUACAUAUUUUGACAAUUUUUCAUGGAACUUUUUUCCAAUAUUAUUACUUGCACAUAGAUUUGUUAAUCACUGGUUGGUGUCAGAUCUGUGACUUUAUGUUCAUAACUUUACAUUGUAUUAAUAUAAAAAUAAAAUUAAGUUCUUACUAGU